AUGAAGUGGCAAAACAUCGCCAAAGAAUCUCAAGACAGGGUCUUGCAUUCAAUACCUGAACGCUGGCGAUUAGACGUCAAUCAGUACAAAGACCUCAAAGAUGUUACCAACGUGCCGUACACUUGCGGUCUGCUUACCGAAGAGCAACUGAAUAUCACGGAACUCGCAGCCACAGAAAUAGUCAAGAAAGUCGAGACUCGAGAGCUAAAAGCAGUGCAGGUCUUGGAAGCUUUCGCUGGACGCGCUGCGAUCGCGCAUCAGUUGGUCAAUUGUCUGACAGAAUGGUUCUACGACGAGGGCCUUGAUCAGGCAAGACAACUCGAUGACACGCUACAGAAGUAUGGCCAUCUAAAAGGUGCUCUACAUGGUGUUCCUAUCGCUCUCAAGGACAUCCAUUGCGUCGCAGGCCAUGCUUCGACUAUGGCGUUCGUUUCAGGCAGGAAUGAUAUCGCCAGCCAGGAUUCCUCUGUCGUAGCUGCGUUGCGUGCUGAAGGUGCUAUAUUCUUCUGCAAGACCACAAUGCCUCAGUCAGCUAUGGCUCUCGAGACAGUCAGUAACCUCUGGGGUCGCACGCUGAACCCUCACAAUCGAGACCUGAACGCUGGAGGUAGUUCCGGGGGCGAUGCCGUCCUGGUAGCUAUGAAAGGUACACCUCUCACACCCUCGACUGAUCUCGGCGGAUCGAUUCGUGUACCAGCUGCUUUUAAUGGACUUUAUGCUCUCAAGCCAACGGCUGCACGAAUCCCAAAAGGUGGAAUGCCGGACCUUGGACAGAACCUCAUUCAAGUGUCCUUUGGGCCUAUUUGCCACUCCAUCGAGGAUGUGGAGUUACUAACCCGAGUCAUAAAUGCGCAUCCUAACAACAGGUUCGAUGUCACUUGCGCGCCAAUUCCAUGGAGGAGGCCAGACCCCGCGGAAGGGAAGCUGAAGAUUGGACUGAUGAAAUGGGACGGCGUGGUGACGCCUCACCCACCAAUUCUUCGAGCAUUGGAGCGUACCAAACAGAUGUUGAUAGAAGCUGGACACGAGGUUGUUGACUUCAAGCCGCCCUUCAACUGCUGGCAAGCUUUACAGACAACUUUCGACAUAUACUAUCAAGGUGGAGCUGAUGGGACCAUCGCUGCACUUGAAGAGUCUGGUGAACCCAUAAUCCCAGCGUUUGCCGACUUACUUAAGGUCUUAAACGUUCGUAAGCUUCCUGCUUCCGAGAUCAUACAGUUGAGUGGCAAGGUACGAAAGUAUAAAGAGAAGUUCCUCGCAGAAUGGAACCAAACAGCCAACGAUGGCCGCCCCAUUGACGCCUUGAUCUGUCCGCCGGCACCUGGCGUUGGCUAUCCUCAUGACUUCAAUACAUACUGGGGAUACACUUCGCUGUUCAACCUAAUUGACUAUCCUGCUGCGAUAUUACCGAUAUCAGGGCUCAAGGUCAACCCUGAACAGGAUCCUGUUGACCUGGAUUACGUACCCUUGGACACCAACCCUUACGAUAAACCCAACUACGAAAUUUAUGAUCCGAGCCGUUUUGCGAACCAGCCAAUAACCAUACAAGUUGUCGGUCGUCCUUCCGAGGAUGAAGAGCUCGUUCAAGUAUCCUCAACUCUUGAUGCAUUAUUUCGCGGACUCUAG